CUUUUUUUUAUUUAUAUAUUGAAAAAAUGUGAAAAAGAAUCAGUUCAUGUUUGAUAAUGUCUUGACUUUAGUUGGUACCAACAAUUAGUAUUAUGCAUAUGAAUCACAUUCAACUACUUUCAAAUAAAUUUGAGGUCAACUUUGAGUAAUUUUUAUAAUUUCGAAUUGUAUCUCAAAUAUGCUUAAGUAAUUACAAGAUCAUUUAUCUUGUCAAAAUUAAGGGAUAGAAUUAUUUGUAUCAUCAUGUUUCAAAUGCACUCGCAACAUAUGAAGUUCUACUUCACGCAAUAUAAUAAUUUAGAUCGUACGACAUUUUUUAAAGUCACUCAAACUCAAAAAGAUGUUUAAUGCAUGUGAUUGAGAUAUCAUAUAUUUGGCCCUCAUGUAAGCAUCCACUAAUGUGAGAACAUAAAAGAUGAGAUCAAAUAGGAAUUGUCAUUGUCUUGUAAUGUAAUCUUAGGGAAAAGUAGGAUAUUCAUUCGGGAUAAAGAGACUAUUUCCUCCUUAAGAAUUUGCACAAUGCUUUUAAUAUAUAUUUUUUUCAUUUUUGCAUUUGACCUUUAUUUCUUGUAAGCUCCUUGUCAUUUAUUACUCUCUUCCUUUUUUGAUUCUCCUUCAUUUUUGUUUGAGAUUUUUUUCAAUUUUUCAUUCUAUCUUCUUUUUUUUGGGACAUAUUUGGUAUUUUUCACUUUGUUACCCAACCUAUAUCUUUGGCGUUAUGUAGCUAUUUCAUAGUGCGCUCAAGGAGGUGAGACAAAGGGACUCAAAUGGUAUAUGCUAAGAUGUGGUUAUUCAAAUAAAAAUCUUUCAGGCUCGAAAUGAGAGUUCUAUGGAUAACAUGUCAUUCGGUAAACUUGAAAGACACAAUCGAAUCAAAGAAAGACGAACAUAUUGAUCGCGCUUCAGUUGUAUCUGUACAUGAGGGGUCAAUAAUUAACAUCAUCAAAGGGUUUGGAAUACCAGUGCUUUACCAUGGCAUCUUGUAGAUGAGGUCUACAUCCCAAUUAACUGUGAUCAAGAAUUCCAUUGGGUAUUGGCUGUUGUUGAGUUGAAAAACAGGUUGAUAAGGUUUUUUGACUCAUCAAUUAGCACAAGGAAAAAAAUAAUUCCUCAUGAGAUCAAGAUGCUGUCUAAAAUGCUUCCUUCAUACCUACUUGACAGUGGAUUUUUUGAAGAAAAUGAACGCACAAAAUUUGCUGAUUGUCAUGCAUAUAAAGACAACAUUACUGGUUCACUUCGGGAGCCUCAAGUUCCUUUCAUGAUUGAAUUUGCACAAGACAUCCCUACACAGGAUUGCGAUAGCCUAGACUGUGGGUUAUAUGUUACUGCAUUUGCCGAGUAUAUCAGUGACCAAAUCAAUAUAUCAUAUGCUAAUUUUAGUCCUGAUUACCUGCGUCAAAGAUAUGGAGCAUUGCUGUGGAGUUAUGGAAGUGAGAAGGCUAAGUGCGGAUGUGUUAGCGACAAUGAUGAUCCACCAAAAUUCAGGGGUGUAGUCACACCACCACCAGAAGAAGAUUUAGUUCAUAUAGUGUAGCAUUUCAUGAUAAAAUAAUGUUUUAAUGUUAUAUUUAUUGUUUUUAUA